AUGGCCGCCAUCGAUUGCAUUUCGAUGAGCUCGAUGGGUUCGAUGGCUUCGCGUCAUCACCCUCAUCAUCCACACAACCAAUCUACCCCCCGGGAGCGCCGAUCCAGUAUGGGCUCGGUUGUGGGAAGCAAUAACCCCUACGCUCGAUACAUGACGUCGCCUUCCUCUUACUACUCCCGCCGCGCGGAAUCUGAUUCCCUGCCUCCAGCCUGGCGAUCCGAUUUCUCAGAACAAGUCUCCUCGGACUCGACGCGGCGACGGGACAGCCACAGCUCUCAUCGUCAUUCGUUCCACUCCGGGUAUACUCACAAGCCCCAUUCUCACAGCUCUCGGCGAUCCUACGCCCCUCCGCUGGUCAGGCCAGACAUCAUCGAUCAGCUGGACGACGCGACAGGGUUUUCCUACCACCAUGAGGGUCCCUACGAUGCGGCUCGCCCCGAGCGCAACCGUGUGAGCAACCUCAGUCCGCUCGAUGCUGUAAAAGAGUCGAAUGAGGAGGCUCUGCGUGCGACGCCUCGCGACAAGAUUGUCGACUGCUUGCACAGCCAUCGCCCACUCGACGGCACAGCAUUCUUCCCACCUGGCACCACCGACCGCGAUGGCCAGGUGUACAACUACGAAGAAGGAACGAACAUGAUGAACGAAUACGGCAACUUCAUGCGCCUUCCUGGAACAAGCAUGCGACUAACUCUUGUGAAGAAAUUCACCGAUGAGGAUUUCAAGAAUGAUCCCUUCUACAACCGCCCUAUCUCCAAUCCAUUUACGGAGCUGCGAAGGAAGUUUAGCCUUCGUCGAAACAAGAAGCGUCGAAGCACCGCUUAA